UGUCCCACCUGGGCUGCGGGUCUGCUUCAGACGGAUCUUGCAGGCCUCACCAAACUAAGGCAGGGCCCGGAGCCCUCCGGCCCCCAAGGCCGGAGAGGUGAAAGCUUGGAGGGCACGACAGGCCAAGGUUGUGCUGGGCAGGGAGCUUGGGCCUGCAACUGCACCCCUGGGAGCGCUAGGGAAGGCCGGGCUGACGAACAGAUGGAAAGGGUGGCGGAUAGUUGCCUCCAUGAUUGCAUGGCUCUCCCGGCCCUUCCUCCCCUCCUCGGAGUUGGCUCCCCCGCCCGGGACGCCCCGCGCCACUCUGCGCCUUUGGCCCUGGCUCAAGGUCUUGUGAUGUGAUUAGCAAAGCCAGCGCCUUGUCCUCAGACACUCGGCCCUGCCCGGCAGGCCCCGGUGCUCAAGCCCUGUUUACUGAGCCUGGGCGGGGAAGGGGCGGAGAAACCGGCCCAGGCUCCUCCAGGCAAGACUAAUACAGCAGCCGCCCGCGUGGCCGCUCCCGCCCCCACCCCCACCGUGUCUCCACGUGCAGUCGAACUAGAGCGGCUACCUACUGGACUCAGGCCCCGAGCCGCCACCUCCCGGCCGGAGCACCGUUAGCAAACCAGCCGGGCAACACGGAUAGUUGCAAUAUUCUUGUAUUUUGCAAUUCCCGCGCCCAGUACAAAACCUAGGGUGGGAGAUAAAAGCCCAACGAGUCCGCCUAGGAGGAUCGGGCGGGGAAAAACUCGUCCAGAGCUGCAGAAUCUCGGCCACGCUGAACGUGCUGGGGCUUUCCAACACUACAGCCCCAUAGGAACAGAUAGCUUCCCGCCGCCACUCAGCAGCACCCUUCUGAGUUGAGCUAUCCACGCCGCCCAGGGCGCCCAGGCAGCCUGCCCCGCCCUAGGGCUCCCGCCCCCUCCCCCAGAGAAAAAAAUUGGCGGCGGCCAAUGGGAGGCCAGGAAAGCGACUGACGUCCGCGAGCCGGCGGGCGGCGUUGCCUGGAGACCCCGGCGGGGUCAGCGUUCUGUCCCCUCCCCCGGCGCGCCCGCCCCGCGGCUGCCGCGCUCACGAGGCUCUAUAUAGGGCGCGCGCUCGUGGGCCGCCAAGUUCCAGCAGUCCGCGAGCUGCCGUCGGCUCCGCGCGGGGGGGGCGGGCCGGGCACCCCGGGGCGCGGAGCUGCGCUCUUUGCUUCUCUCUCCUCUCCCCCCACUCCGCACUUCAGGGCACCCUCUAGCCAGUCCAAGCCGCUUCCCUCUCCCUCCUUUCUCGCCCCCCAGCAAACUUUCGGUCCCUCCCUGCCCCUCGCCCCGUUAUUCGUCGUGGCUCGAGCCCGGCCGCGCCGCCCCGAGGGCUCCUCCCGACUUCCCUGCCUGCGGCUCCGACCAUUUCGGGAUCCAGAAACAUGUCGACCACACUUCUGUCCGCCUUCUACGAUAUCGACUUCUUGUGCAAGACGGAGAAAUCCCUGGCCAACCUCAAUCUGAACAACAUGCUGGACAAGAAGGCGGUUGGGACGCCGGUGGCCGCCGCCCCCAACUCGGGCUUUGCGCCGGGCUUCCUCAGACGGCACUCAGCCAGCAACCUGCACGCGCUCGCCCACCCCGCGCCCAGCCCUGGCAGCUGCUCGCCCAAGUUCCCGGGCGCAGCUAACGGCAGCAGCUGUGGCAGUGUGGCGACUGGCGGCCCGGCCACUUACGGCACCCUCAAGGAGCCGUCGGGGGGCGGCGGCACAGCCCUACUCAACAAGGAGAACAAAUUCCGGGACCGCUCGUUCAGCGAGAAUGGCGAGCGCAGCCAACACCUUCUGCACCUGCAGCAGCAGCAGCAGAAAGGGGGCGGCGGCUCCCAGAUCAACUCCACGCGCUACAAGACCGAGCUGUGCCGGCCCUUCGAGGAAAGCGGCACGUGCAAGUAUGGAGAGAAAUGCCAGUUCGCACACGGCUUCCACGAGCUGCGCAGCUUGACGCGCCACCCGAAGUACAAGACGGAGUUGUGCCGCACCUUCCACACUAUCGGCUUCUGCCCCUACGGACCGCGCUGCCACUUCAUCCACAACGCGGAUGAACGGCGGCCCGCGCCGUCUGGGGGCGCCUCUGGGGACCUGCGCACUUUCAGCACACGCGACGCGCUGCACCUGGGCUUCACGCGGGAGCCACGGCCCAAGCUGCACCACAGCCUCAGCUUCUCGGGCUUCCCUUCAGGCCACAACCAGCCCCCGGGAGGCCUGGAGUCGCCACUGUUGCUUGACAGCCCCACGUCGCGCACGUCACCACCGCCCUCUUGCUCCUCAGCCUCCUCCUGUUCCUCCUCGGCCUCCUCCUGUUCCUCGGCCUCUGCCGCCUCCACGCCCUCGGGAGCCCCGACGUGCUGCGCCUCCGCGGCGGCAGCAGCCGCGGCGGCCGCUCUGCUCUAUGGCACAGGUGGCGCCGAGGACCUGCUGGCACCCGGCGCCCCGUGCGCGGCGUGUUCGUCUGCCUCGUGUGCUAACAACGCCUUCGCUUUCGGCCCGGAGCUGAGCAGCCUCAUCACACCGCUGGCCAUCCAGACCCACAACUUCGCCGCGGUGGCCGCCGCUGCCUACUACCGCACCCAGCAGCAGCAGGGCCUGGCGCCCCCGGCGCCGCCCAGCGCGCCCCUUCCCGCUGGUGCCGCCGCGCCGCCCUCGCCGCCCUUCAGCUUCCAGCUGCCUCGCCGCCUGUCCGAGUCGCCUGUGUUCGACGCGUCCCCCAGCCCCCCGGACUCCCUGUCGGACCGCGACAGCUACCUGAGCGGCUCCCUGAGCUCGGGCAGCCUCAGCGGCUCCGAGUCCCCAAGCCUGGACCCUGGCCGCCGCCUGCCCAUCUUCAGCCGCCUCUCCAUCUCCGACGACUGAGGCAAGGGGGCGCCAGUGAGGAGGAAGGAAGGGAAGGCCGUUCCGGGGUGCUGGAGGACGCCCUUUGCCAUCACGCCCCUGCUGGGGGGCACAGGGGUGGGGGAUAACUUAGGCCCUUGGCAAACUGAAGACCCAAACACUUGGACUCUGUGCUGGGAGGGGCCCCCCACCCCUCCUUUUUCGGUUUGUCUUUUUUUUAUUAUUAUUAUUUUUAUUAUUACGAAGUUUCAUUCUUGUUGAGCAAAAAAGAAAGCCAACGAACUUUUUGUGUUGAUGAACAAAAUAUUCACAACAGGGCAGUUGUGAUGCGAAUAGAACAAAAUACCAAACACUUAAAACUUUUUUAAAGGUCUCAGAUGAGUUUGGGACUUCAGGAAAAAAUCAACCCAGCACCAGCAGCUACCAACCACCAUUCCAACUCUUCACUUGAAAAGCAUUAGUUACAGUCCAGAUGUGGGAACUCUUAUCUUGAAAGAAGUUCCUAAUUGUUUGUCUGUGACCAGCUAAAACAAACGAGCCAACCACCUUGCUAAACCUAUAAGCUUUUAGAAUCCAUUAUUUCUGCCAAGAAUAUGCCUUGAUAGUAGUUCUCAGCCCCAUAGGGUUGGUUUUUGUUUGUUUUUUUGUUUUUUAACAAAGUUAUAUAUGUCUGGGGGGGGAACCCUUGCAUUCCAAAGUUUCAUACUGGUUACUGGUUUCAUUGCCAUCACUUUGUGGAUGUUUAGUUUAAAACCCUUUGUCUGCUCUCUCUGGAAUCCUUGAGCAGAGCUUAGUUUGUAAUUGUUGGGGAAUAACUGCUGAAUUUUUAGCUGUUUUGAGUUGAUUCGCACCACUGCACCACAACUCAAUAUGAAAACUAUUUAACUUAUUUAUUAUCUUGUGAAAAGUAUACAUUGAAAAUUGUUCAUACUGUAUUUAUCAAGUAUGAUGAAAAGCAAUAGAUAUAUAUUCUUUUAUUAUGUUAAAUUAUGAUUGCCAUUAUUAAUCGGCAAAAUGUGGAGUGUAUGUUCUUUUCACAGUAAUAUAUGCCUUUUGUAACUUCACUUGGUUAUUUUAUUGUAAAUGAGUAAAAAAUUCUUAAUUUAAGAGAUUGUAUGUAAUAUUUAUUUCAUUAAUUUCUUUCCUUGUUUACGUAAAUUUUGAAAGAUUGCAUGGUUUCUUUACAGAAAUCUAUCUUGAUGCUGUGGAAGUAGUUUGAAGAACAUCUUAUGAGUUUUCUUAGAAUGUAUAAUGGUUGUAGCCCAUCCAACUUUAAAGGAAAAAAUGACCACAUACUUUGCAAUCAGGUUUAAAUGUGGCAUACUUUUCUAAUUCCAACGUUAUAAACUAGCAAAGAACAUUUGCUUAUUCCACCAGUUCUACUGUGACAUACUCUUGAGUAUACAGACAUGUAGCAAUAAUGGGGGGGUUAGUCUCACAGUGCCUUUGGAAGGGCCCAAACUUGCCUUAAAUCUUCCUCAACCAAAUAAGUAUUUUAUUAGUGCUUGAGAGAAUUUGAAUGUAGGAUGGGUUCAACUGCACAAAAGGAAAAGAAUUUUACCACUUUUUUUAUAUAGAUAUAAAGUGAAGAGGCCACCUCUUAGCGCUGAAAUGGUAUGUAGUAAGUACCUGAAUAUGCCUUGUUUAAUUACAGAAAAUUCC